ACUUCCUGUUGCUACCGGUCGGCCAGCGUGGCCGUGACCCACACAGCGGCAGCGGCGGUGGAGAGAGGCGGGCGACAGGCGAGAGGCGAAGUUGGCGACGAUGUUUGACGAGAAGAGCGUGGACGAGGUGGGCAGGGUGCUCGCGGACGAGUCGCAGCCGCUGAAGGCGCGCUUCAGGGCGAUCUUCACGCUCAGGGGGAUGGGCGGCGAGGCGGCGGUGCGCUGGCUCGCCUCGGCCCUGCGCGACCCCUCGGCCCUGCUGGGCCACGAGGCCGCCUUCUGCCUCGGCCAGACCGGCCACGCGGCCGCCAAGGCCCCGCUCGAGGAGCUUCUGCGGGACCGCGACGCGCGACCGAUCGUGCGGCACGAGGCGGGAGAGGCACUGGGAGCCAUCGGCACGCCGGACGUUCUUGACGUCCUCAGAGAGUUCUCCUCGGAUCCCGUGGUGGAGGUCGCAGAGACGUGCCAGCUGGCAGUGCGGCGCGUCGAGUGGCUGCAGCGGACGAGGGCGGCGGGCGGAGCGGAGGAGGAGCGGCUGGGCACGAGCACGUACGACACGGUGGACCCCGUCCCGGCAGCCGCCAGCAGCGACGUGAAGCAGCUGCGCUGCACCCUCCUGGACGACGGCGCCCCGCUGUACGAGCGCUACCGUGCCAUGUUCGCGCUGCGCAACGUCGCCAGCGACGAGGCCGUGCUGGCGCUCUCCGACGGCCUGUCGUGCGGAAGCGCCCUCUUCCGCCACGAGGUGGCCUUCGUCCUCGGCCAGAUGCAGCACCCGGCGAGCGUGCCGGCGCUGGCCUCCCGUCUGGCCGUCGCCGAGGAGAGCGGCAUGGUGCGGCACGAGUGCGCCGAGGCGCUGGGCUCGGUGGCGACGCCCGAGAGCCUGGAGAUCCUGCGCGCGUAUCGGGACGACCCAGAGCGCGUGGUGCGCGAAAGCGUGGAGGUGGCGCUCGACAUGUGGGAACACGAGGCCGCUGGCGAGUUUCAGUACGCCAACACGCACAGCCAGCUCAGCGCCGCUGCCGUCACCGCCGCUGGCAAAGCCGAUGGCCCCAGCGCUGCAGAGGAACUGCCGAACGGGAUUGGCGCCCAUUAGCGGCAACGUUGUCCGCAGUAGCGGCAGGGUCUACGGAAACGCCAAGAUUUCGUCGCGUGCUUCAUGUGUCCUGGUUGGAAAGUCUUAUUUAAUAGACUUCCCUGCACCUCCGAUUAGCACGGUUGGUUACGUACGGCGCGAAAUAAGUUCAAUAUGCAUGCUUGAUAAAAAGUGAUGCUAAGUACAUAUGAUGUUCAAGCCAUUUGUAUAGCACAGAAGCUAUCGUGAAGGUGCUUUGUUAAUACCUUGUAAGCUCUCAUUUGUGGUUGUACAUUUGCAGGUCUCGACCGUAUCCACAUUCUGCUGUCCAUGUUAAAUGUGCGUUGCCACACGUAUGAUGAGAUUGAGGUGGGAAAAUAAUCCUGGGAUGAUGCAGAGAGAUUCCGAGAGUAUCUGCACCGCUGCUCCAGAGUUUGUAAGCCCACAUGUUCGUAUAGUAGAUACUGGAUAUAAGCACACCCUUCGGGAGCAAGGCCGUGCUUAUAUCCAGAUUUGUGUGCUUUUUAGGAAGUUUUCCUUUGUCUUCAUUUGCCAGUGUAGUGCAAGCAUGCGUUGUUUUUAUCAGUACUGUGCUAUCCAGCUUGUACUGUGGUCUCUGCUAUUUUAUCAACGGAGCCCUGCGAAGUGGUUUAAUUAUUUUCCACGCAUGCUUCCCAUGGGUUUUGCAUAAUAAAUAUUGUCAUGGAACGUC